GACACUAAUGUAACAUGGAACACAUCUGACCCUGACUUUACACCAUGCUUUCAAAAGUCAAUACUGGCCUUGAUUCCAUGUUUCUUUCUGUUCUUUUUUGCGCCUUUCAAGAUUUUUUAUUUGUGGCGACGAGGAAUUCGUUACAUUAAAUGGAGCUGGCUUAGUGCUUUGAAAGUGGUACUGUUCUGUUUAUAAAUUGUAUUAAUUACAAAUGUAGAUGUUUCAGCAAAUGCCUUCUUCUGUGCAAAAAAACAAAACAUUUAUAAAAGUAUAAAUUAAAUUAUAUAUACAUAUAUAUAUACAUGCCAAAACAUCUACAUUUGUAUUUUGUAAAAUCAUCAUUAAAGCUGAACAUAUAUUUUUUUAUUUACACAUAUUGUUUGUGUCUAAUAAAUCUACUUUAAAACUUUAUCGCUGUCCAACGGUCUUAUAAUUAGUUAAUAAAUUGGCCAGUUCUUAAAAUGAUAAUUUAAUCAAUUUAUACUAUAUUCAAAUUUGAUUGACUUAUUGUUUCUAUUUUGAUUUAGAAUUGAUUUGUUAAUUUGUUCUUAAGUUUUACUUAUGAAACCUUAAUAAAACUAGUAUCCUUGUUAAAAGUAUUUUUUUAGUUUCCUCAAUCACAAUAUGUUAAUUUGUGUCUAUUUUAGGUUGUGAUUAGUAUUUUGAUAUUGUUUGCAACUUAUGAAAGCAUCAUUGCCAUCAUCAAAAGAGCCAAUGAUGACAGCAAGCCUAUAAUAGACAUUGUGUCUCCCUUGUGCGUGGUGCUGACCAUGGUAAUGUUUAUUUCUAAAACAGUUAAGGUUAAAAAGGUCCAUAGUUUUUUUCUAUGAAAUAAAACAGAAAAAUAAAUUAUUGCCAUUGGUUGUAAUUAUUCUGAGCCUAUUAAAAAUGUAUUUCAAGGUAAUAGGUAAUAUUUAUCUUAAAAUUAAUACUAAUUGUGUGGUGAUAAUAUAAAUAAAAUGAUGCAAAUUGGGAGUGCUUUAAACAAUGUGCAAUGCACUCCUUUUUUAUGGCAGCUGUUUGUCUCUAGAAGUCUCUUUGAAGUCUGGGUGAGCUUUUAUGUGGAAAAUGUACUGGUUUUUUUCAAGCAGCUGAUUCACCCUCUCCAUAUCAAUGCAACUUUGCAAUAAUAUCUUAAAGGAUAUUGAGUUCAAUGCCAGACAGGGUCUCAUCUACCAAAAGAUGUGUGGACUUGUGUUGAUUUUUUUGAAUGGCUUGAACUCCAGUCCACGAGUAUUUAUGUCAUGUCCUGGUGUCAACAUACCUAACCACAUAGCAACCCUGUCAUUUGUUUAAGCAAGACAUUAAAAUAUGUAUAAAAAUUACAUUAUCAUUUGUUAGAUUUAACAAACAAAAAUUUGUAUCUAUUCCAGUGUCUGGUCUUAAAAAUAUUAAUAUUAGAGAGAACACGCGGUGUCAGAACUUCUGGUCUGUUGUUUCUGUUCUGGUUUAUUUAUCUCAUUUGUGAGAUAAUUCGGCUACGAUCUGUAAUCAAGGUUGCUACAAGUCAAGUAAGAUUUUAUUUUUUAUGAUGACCUUGUAAUUAAUUGUCAUACAUAUCUGUGAAAUCAGGUUUUCAAGUACAAUCUUGUGUUGUUUUUUUUAAUAAAAUAUUUUUCACAACUGUAUGAUGAAAAUACAUCACAAAUUUAUUUGGAUUGAUUAACUAACAGGUGCAAUUUGUAAAUUAAAUGUACUUAUAGUUUUCUCCAUAAAAGGUUAACCACCUGAACUGUUUAUUUACAUUUUAAUAAUUUUCUUCAAGAUUUAAGGGGAACAUAAGGAAAGCUACAACAAAAAAAAAAUAAUUGCUCAAUUAAGAAUUUUUUAAAAAGUCUUAGGCAGUUUUCAGAGCAUUACUUUUAAGUCAUACUUAAUAUUUCACAGGGUUAUGUCUCACCUUCAAUAUUCAUCCACUAUCCAUGUGUGCUAUUUGCAUUAAUCCUGUCUAUGUUUGUGGAUGCCAAACCUGAAGGUUCAAUUUCUUCUGGAGAUGAGGUAGGAUUGAUAUUUUCCUAAAUAAACUAAAUACAAUAAAAAUCACAACACUCUUUGCACGAGCGCCCACAUAUUUUGAAAUUAAAGUGUUGAAUCUAAAUAUUUAUAGAUAAAUAAAGUGGCAUUUCUUCACAUUACCUGUAUCACAGCUAGAGACCGACAGAAUUUCGGUUUCGGCGCCGAAAGUGGCCAUUUUAUCACUUUCGGUCAAGUUUCGGUUUCGGCCAAACCUGAAAAGUUAACUUUCGUUUUAGUUUCGGCCGAAAGAGAAAAGUUAACUUUCGGUUUUUCUUCGGUUUCGGACGAAAUUGACUUAGACUUUCAGCCGAAAGUGACUCAGGUUUUCGGUCAUCUAAUAUUCAACGAAAGCGAUAUUUAACAACAAACUAAGCGACAUUUAAGAAUAAAUUUAGCGGCCUUUUCGAACAAACUUAACGAUAUUUAACAACAACCUAAGCGACAUUAAAGAACAAACUAAACGAUUUUUAAAACAAACUAAGUGAUCUUUAAGAACAUUCUAAGCGAUCUUUAAUAACAAACUAAACGAUCUUAAAGAACAAACUGAACGAUUUUUAAGACCGAACUAAAUUAUCUUUAAGAACAAAACAAAUGAUCUUUAAUAGAAAACUAAAUGAUUUAUAAGAAUAAACUAAGCGAUCUUUAACAGAAAACUAAAUGCCCUUUAGGAACAAACUAACAGAUCUUUAAGAACAAACUAAUCGAUCUUAAGGAAAAAAAUCAAUUAUCUUUAAGAACAAAUUAAGGGAUCUUUAUGAAAAAAAAGCGAUCUUUAACAACAAACGAAGCAAUCUUUAUGAACAAACUAAACGAUCUUUAAGAACAAAUAAAGCGAUCAUUAACAAAAACUGGAUGAUCUUUAACAAAAAAUUAAGCGAUCUUUAAGAACAAACUAAAAUAUCUUUAACAACAAACUAAGCGAACUUUUCGAACAAACUAAGCGAUCUUUAUGAACAAACUCACCGAUCUUUAAGAACAAACUAACCGAGCAAUAUAAGCAACUAACGAUCUUUAACAACAAACUAAACCAUCUUUAAAAACAAAUAAAGCGACCUUUCAGAAAAAAUUAAGCGAUCUUUUAGAACCAGAUCAGAAUAACAAUUUUUAGAGACCCGGUUUAAAGAAAUAAUAUGAAUGAGAGUGGGCCGCAUCAAGUAUCCACAAAAAAGCGAUUACAACUGUUACAAUCUGCUCAACCUUUAUAAAUAACAAUAAAAUCAUUAAGGGUUCUCAAGAACUAGGAUUCACUUUCAUCCACCUACUCACUGUUGCAUACAAAAAUAUAUAGAAAUUUUUUUUUUAAAAAUCAGAAUAAGACUAGUCGGUGAGAUUCGACUGAAACCAUCGCGGAGAGUCACAUUAUCGAUAUGAGAAUGGGAGAAACAGGCCGUGCAUUAACACUAAACUUUUCUGUCAUGUAGAGGGCCGCAAAAUAUCGUCUUGCGGGUCACAAAUGGCUCGCGGGCCGCGAGUUUGAGACCCCUAUAUUAGAUGUUUAUUUAUUAAUAUUCACGAUUAUCUCAUUUGUUAUAAAAAGAAUGUAAAUAUUUAUACUUUCCCACAUCAUUUUCGAUGAAUGCAGGAUGUAUGCGGGAACAAAUUUCAAAAUAUCUUAAUAUUUCAUUUUCGGUUUCGGCCAAAAUUCAUUUUUAACUUUCGGCGUUUUUUCGGUUUCGGCCGAAAGUCAUUUUUAAACUUUCGGCCUAUUUUCCGCUUCGGCCGAAAUCAGAAAAAAUCACUUUCGGUCGGUCUCUAAUCACAGCUUUACCACCAAACUACAAUAUAUCAUAACCAUUUAUUAUAUCCACAGUUAUAUUUUAAUUUAUUUAUUGUAAUGAUUAUUAUUUUUAAAAAAAGAAUCCAUGUCCAGAGAAGAGCUCAUCAUUCCUAUCACAGCUGACUUUCUGGUGGUUCACUGGGUAAGUAGUUUCUAUGAAAUCUCACUGAUUUCUGUUUUUCUUUGUGCUGUGAAAUAACCUUAAGUUGUUAUAACUUUGCUGUUGUACCAUUGUUAUGAUUUUGCUUCAAUGAUGUGGAGUAUAAGACAGGGUUACUGAAUUUUAAUGGAGCUUACGGAAUGCCUUUAUUUUUCAUGGAAAUUUAUUUUAACAUUGCCCGCUUGGUUAAAAUGUUCUAAACAUAGAAUGAAAUAUACAUUGAAUCUAAGGUCAUGUGGUGAUAGGGCAACAUAAUACUUGUCACUUUAAAAUUGGCAUAACACUAAGUAACCAAUGGGAUCUUUAAAUAUCAAGGAUUAUCAUUAUUGUCCUUGGGAAAGGAACCCUGAGGAAUUGAAAAAAUUAACUGACCCCUAAAAAUUUGGGGUAAUCCAUUUUUUUUUAGUAUGUGCUUAAGAUAUGAGAAAGGUCAGUAUAAACCUGUGAUAAGAAUUUCACGAAUAAUAUUGUUUGCUCCAAUAUUCAUAGAAUGGUUGUUCAGGGCUAUAAGAGGGCUUUGGUCCAGACAGAUUUAUGGUCACUCAACAAGGAAGACACCACUGAGUAUGUGGCUAAUGCCUUUUACAGAAAAUGGAAUGGGACAAAAGAAAUGUAAGUUUUCUCAAAUUCGAACCACCGUUAAUAAAAGGUAUGGUUAUCUGCAGUACCUGUAAAACAAUGCCUAUUGCUGCAACUAAGACACUUAAUAUUUUUUUUUUCUUUGGUCCUAACUGAUUUAUAUUCUUUGUCGCUCAACUUUAUGACUUUGUACCAUUAUAAUUAUCGAGAAAGCAAGUGAUUUCACUCAAUUAAAACCAUCUUCACUUAAAGAACUAUUUGAAGCGAUAUGCAUUUGUAAAACUAAAAAAAUUGUGGUGGAAACAUCCCACCCUCUUCAUCCACUUACGUAAGAUCAGUCGAUCAGGGUGAAUUCUUUCUCUCAAAUAAUGACAAAAAGUUAUAAAAAUGUAUUUGUUCCCCAAUCUAUCGGAAUUGACCUGCGUGCUCUGCCAGCUGUUACAAAAUCUAAAUAAUCCCUCUUAAAGUCAAUGUUGUUAGUUCCAUGGCAUAUGGCGGCUGGUUUUUGACUUGAGAAAUACUUUAGAUCACUUGUGUUAAAUUGUUCUAAUUUAAAAAUGUUUGCCUUUGUAAGAAUAUGUAUCCGUGCGCUGAAAAUGAAUAUGUACUUUGGAAUAAAAAAAAUAUUUCCUUUUAUUUGAAUCAAUAAAAGAAUAGUAUUAUCUUAUUCCAUUUCCUACAUUUAAAGCAUAUUAGCUUUUGUAUUUUAGAGUGCAGAAUCAGGCAGAUGUUGUUGAGACUUUGAUCCUCCAAUCCUGAAACAUUAAGUUUUGUUUUAACAUUUACUUUCCAAAGCAUCCACACUCCUGUAGCCAAUGGGGAUGUCCAUGAGACUAGCUUCAUGUACAAAGAAGGCAGCGCUAUUCUUGUGCCUUAUGGGGUUGGAUUUGAAGAGUCGCAAAAACCAAAACGCAGCUUGUUUCAUGCUUUGGUCAGAACUUACAUUUGGUUUUUCCUACUGGCAGCAAUUUACAAACUUAUUUAUGAUAUCCUUGUGUUUGUUAGUCCACAGCUGCUCAAGUAAGUAACAUGAUAUGUAUUUAUUUAAAAUAGGAUUGAUUAGAUCUAAAGGAUUUACACCUUUUAAUAAAGGAUCGUACCAUCUUAUUAAAGAAAAUGUCAGGAUUAGCUUUUCUGUCAAGCGAAACAAAAGUGUUACCGACCCAUAAAUGUCAGCACCUAAUUUUUAUUAUAACAUUUCUGCUUUGUGUGUUUCAAAUGUAUAUUUCUUCUUUUAAAUUUACAUGAAGAAAUAUUUUUAUACAAACCAUAAUUCAGAAUUAAUUUACUCACAACAUAAUAUAAGCUUCUACAUUGAUCGUACAUUAACCAAUUUAAAAAUGAUUUUAAUACAUUUUUUUCUUUACAUGUUUUGAGGUUACUAAUUCAGUUCACAAGUUCUGAUGAACACAUGUGGCGUGGGUUCUUCUACGCCUCGAUGCUUUUACUUAUUGCCUUGCUGCAGUCAGUCUUGCUUCACCAGUACUUCCAUGCAACAUUCAUCCUGGGAAUGAGGCUCAGAUCCACCAUCAUUGCUGUCAUCUACAAAAAAGUAAGUCUGAAGUAUUGUCUUUAUCAUAAAGUCCACUGGUUAUGCCUUCUGUUCUUAUUAAAACAGAAAUGUGUUAAUUGAAUAACUACGAGAUCGAAAAUCAGGCUGUGGCCAGAUUAAAUUUAGGUCACAAUUUCUCAUUGAAACUGUAUGUACAAAUUCAGUUGCAGUUUUUUUAAUUCUUAACAUAUUCUAAUGAGUAAUAAACCAUUGUGUAGGAAAAUGAAUUGUCUAUAAGAUAAACAUAAAACAUUUUUACAUUUAAGUUUUGGUAGGAAAUUAUUAAUGUGUAAAUGUGUCUGUAAAUUAAAACCUCAACGAUGCCCAACGAGAAUGGGAACGGAAUAAUAUAAGAUUUUACUUGAUAUACUACUAAACAAACUGCAGCGGCUCUUGGCCAUAACGAAAGAGAUGCCAAUCCACUCCCAGUGUCUCAUGGUAGUUAACCAGUUAAUAGUAUCACUGACUAUAGUAAUAGAACCUAAUUAAACCAAACAAAAUAUCAUUUAAACUUAAGUGUUCUUUAAAAUUCUAAAUAUAUUGCUAUUUGAGUUUCUGUGUGUGCAUAUAUAUAUGGUUUUAAACAAGUAUUUCAAAAUAAAAGUAGGAGCACCUCAAAAAUUUUGCUUAAAUAAAAAAAAAUUUUUGUGGGUGGUCGCACUAAUUAGGAAUUUUAUAAAGUGUGUUAUUUGAAAGCAUGUUUUGUCAAGUAGCUGAAGAUGAUGGAAAGUUCACACAUUGCGUUUGCCAUUAUUUGGCUGGCUAUAGCUAGUUAUGUAUAUUAAUGUAGGAAACUAAAAACAGAAAUGAAUAAUAGCUAAUAAGUGACCACUAUGUUUGUCUCCAGACAUUAAGAUUGUCCAACACUGCCAAACGAUCCUCUACUGUUGGAGAGAUUGUCAACCUCAUGUCAGUGGAUGCCCAGCGCUUCAUGGACCUUACAACCUACCUGCACACCAUCUGGUCAGGUCCUUUCCAAAUCUGUGUGGCCCUGUACUUUUUGUUUCAAACACUGGGACCUUCGGCCCUUGCAGGUGUAGGUGUGAUGGUUCUGUUGAUACCACUGAAUGCUGUCCUGGCUAAUAAGUCAAGGCAAUAUCAGGUAAGAACCAGGCAGUAGGAAACAUUGGCCACAUAAACUCUUAAAAAUCUAUCAAUAAAAUGCUAGUCCACACUUGAAACAAAGAAAAGUGUGAGGGUAAUCUAGGUAUAGGUUACGUUUUCAUGGUAAUUCCAUUUAUAUAGAUGUGUUUAAAAUAUCUCUUUGUUUGCAUUAUUCUUCAGGUUUCUCAAAUGAGAUUGAAAGACAACAGAAUAAAGCUCAUGAAUGAAAUUUUGAAUGGAAUCAAGGUAAUUGCUUUUUUUAAUUGAGCUAUCUUCUGCUAAUGAUUGCAUCUCAAAGUUGUAAUUUUCCUUGGAUUUUUCCUUAAUCAUAAGGAUUUUUUUGGCCAAAAUAACAUAAGUAACAGAAAAAUAAAUAAUACAAAUCUUUAUAUUUUUGUGAUUUGAUGCCAUUAAAAAGUGUUUAAAGUGAUUCCUUUAAACAUCUUAAACAUAUUUUUUCUGGUAAAUAAGGUGUUGAAACUAUAUGCAUGGGAAGGCUCAUUUCAAGACAAGGUUCUCAAAAUUCGAAAUGAGGAGCUGAGAGUCUUAAAAAAGGCAGCUUAUCUUAAUGCCCUAAGCUCAUUCUUCUGGACAUGUGCACCUGUACUUGUAAGUAAACCCCAUUUGAGCACAUCUUUGGUCAGCAGAAAUGUGAUUAUUUGUGUCAGUUACACACUCUAUUCGAUCAGAGUUUGCAUGGAUGAAUUUAUAUGAAUCAGGUUGACUCAAUAUUUAAUUUUAUUUUCCAUUUAAUUUUCAUAUAGUGUUAUAAAACAUUUAAAUGUUAAAUGCCAAAGUUAUUUUUUGUAUGUUUAUUCUCUCAGGUGUCUCUGUCAACAUUUGCAGUAUAUGUUUUAUCAUCACCUGAUAACAUCUUAGAUGCAGAAAAAGCUUUUGUGUCCCUAGCACUAUUCAACAUUCUAAGAUUUCCACUUUCCAUGGUGCCCAAUGUCAUAACCAACAUCGUACAGGUGAGGACUCAGUAACUAAAUUUCAAAACCUAUCAUUCUGAUUCUCCAAAAAACGCAUGUUACCAAGUCAUUAAUAAAAUAUAACUGUCUUUUUUUUUAAAUGUUAAAAACAUUGAUAGGUUACAAUCAUAUAUGAUAAAAGGUAACACGAUGCAAUACUUGUUUUAUGAUAGUUAUAAUGGAAAAAGCUCAAGGAUAGGGAGAAUAGUUUUCUUUCUCUUAAAAAAAUAUUUUUUUUUUUUACAGGCUAAUGUUUCACUUAAGAGGAUUCAGAAUUUCUUGAACCACCCUGAACUUGAUCCUUACUGCAUUGACAAGCAAGACACAGAAGGUCAGCUAUUUAUUGUUGGCUCAUUUUUGUGAGCAAAGUGAUUUCUUUAUUAUUUGAACUUUUUGUUACACCAAAUAAAUUGAGUGCUUAAAAAUAACAUUGAUUGCCACUCAAUUAAGUUUUUUUUCUUAUAAUUUCAGAUGGGCUGGCAGUCAGGCUGGAGGAUGCCAGUUUUUCCUGGGAAGAAGGAAAUAUUACAUUAACAGAGUAUGCACACAUCUUUUUUUUUACAGCAGCAACAAUAAUUUGAUUAUUAUUAAUUUACCUGUUUAUGUAUAAAUAAAUGUGGAUACCUCUUUGAUUUUUAUUCGGUUGGAGUAUUUGAACAAGAAAUGCCAUCUUUAAAAUUGUACUUUUGUAUUUAAGCAUAAACAUGAAAGUGGAAGAAGGAGAGUUAGUGGCUGUAGUUGGUGCUGUGGGGGCUGGAAAAUCUUCCUUGCUGGCAGCUUUGCUGGGUGAAUUGGAGAAGACAAGCGGCCAUGUGUCGGUCAAGGUGUGUUAUCAGUAACAUUGUUAAGUGUUGUUUGUAAAAUAUAAGGAAUUAUGCAGAUAAAUGCUAAUGUGGGCAGAAAGAACAAAAUGAUAUUUGUUUUCAUUAGAAAAAAAUUGUAAUUGUCAAAUUAAUUUACAUGGCAAAUCAUAAUUGUAAAUAUUGCAAACCACAAAUAUUCACUAUAUUGUUUGAAAAAGAUCAAAUAUUUUUUCUUCAAGAACUCUCAAACCAGGAAUAAUGCAACCUUAAAAGGGUACUAAUGAACUUUUGAGCUUGAAUAUGUUACACCACAAAUAUAUUACUUGUGAAGUAUAAUUUCCUCAGGGCUCAGUAUCCUACGUCGCCCAGCAGGCUUGGAUUCAGAACGCCACAGUUAAAGACAACAUACUCUUCAACAAACCUCUGGAUCAAACCUAUUAUGAUUCUGUGGUAAAGGCUUGUGCUCUAACUACAGAUUUAGAGAUAUUGCCUGCAGGAGAUCUAACUGAAAUUGGAGAAAAGGUAAUUUGUCAUAGAGCAGAAGCUCCAACAUUGUGUUAUCUCAAACUUGAAAAUGUGUGACUGAUAUGGGGGGGGGGGGGGGGGGGGGAUUUAAUAUCAUGGCAUAGGACGGGGCUGACAAAUAUGGUGGCACCAGCUGCUUAAAAAAAAAGUGAGGGGUGUGGUUUGAGAUGUGGCAACAAAAUUUUAUAUUUUGUACUAAAAGAGAUAUAACUUUUCUAUUGCCAAUUUAGUUUAAAGGAUGCCUUGAAAAGCUCUGUUUGAGGCUAAGGCCACCACUGAGUACAUUAUAGUUGUAUGUUUUCACUAAAAAUAAAAAAAAAGGGCUUUGUUUUCUCUUGAAUGCAGUUUUGAUUUGAAAAAGAUAUCUCGUAUGAUCAUUAAAACAAUGCAAAAUAAAAUAGUAUGUUUGUUAAUUUAAAUAUUUGUUGAAUAUUCAUCUACAUGUCAUCUUGAAUCUGGAUGAAAAUCCUUGGGAACAAAACAAAAUGUUUCUUGUCAUAUGAAUCAAAUUUAUUCAAAUAGUAAAUCAUAAUUUUCUAUAAUGCAAACCACAGAUAUUCAUUGUAUUGUUUGAAAAAGAUCAAAUAUUUUUUUUCUACAAGAACUCUCAAACCAGGAGUAAUGCAGCCUUACAAAGGGACUAAUGAAGUGUUGAGCUCUCAUAUACGACACUCCAAAUAUACUACUUAUGAAGUAUAAUUUCCUCAAUCCUUGUUGAUGUUUUUUUUCCCAUUACUGUUUGCACUGAUUUUAGGACCAGUUAUAUUCAAAAUUUUUAAAUGAAUGCUUUAGAUUUAGAUUAUGCCACCGGGUAUUUUCAUUUCUACCUCCACAGGGCAUUAAUUUAUCUGGAGGACAGAAGCAACGUGUGGCAUUGGCCAGAGCUGUGUACCAAGACACUGAUGUUUACUUCUUGGAUGAUCCGCUGUCAGCAGUGGACUCACAUGUUGGGAAACAUUUGUUUGAUGAGGUUAUUGGACCUUCAGGAAUGCUCAAAGGAAAGGUACAGUUAUAUUUCUUACAAAAGUUUCACUCUCUUAACAAUUAAAAUAUGAUAUUCACCUAUAUUAAAAAUUAAUGUUUUAGUUGACUUAUUAAAACCAGGUUAUGUGACUGUUGUAUUAAAAAUAAAUUUAAAUUGCAAUAGUUAUUAAAAAAGAUUGUUAUAUUUUGAAUUUAGUUUUUCUAUGCAUUAAAAAAUGUUUCUUUCAUUAUUUGCAGACCAGAAUCCUAGUAACUCAUGGCAUAGGAUUCUUGCCACAGGUUGAUAAAAUUAUUGUACUUGUGAAGGGUCAGGUCUCAGAAGUAGGAUCUUUUGCAGAACUGAUGAAACGCAAUGGGGCAUUUGCAGAGUUUUUACGCAACUACUUGACCGAGGAACUGAAAGAUGAAAACAGUGUUGCCGAAGACAUUGAUGGUAGGUGCUAUAGAUAACUUUGGUGUUGUCAAAAUUUAACUUUGGUGUUGUCAAAAUUACACACAUUGUUGCUACUACAUAUUGUCAUAGUAACAAAAAUUAGUUCAUGGAUGAAAUUAGUGGAAACCAAUUUAAAACUCAAUGUUCACUUGACAUUAUUUUAGGAUUAAGUUUAUUACAUCCGAUUGAAAAUUGAUUCCUUCAUUUGCUGACUAAAAUAUCUUAAACAUGUAAACAACACAUUAAAGAUUGUGUAAUAUUUUCAUCAGUCUAUUACAAAUAAUUAGAAGUAUUUCUAGAGAAUGACUGCUCCAACUGAUUUCAAAUGAGUUUUUUAAUUAAAUAAUUCCAAUAAUGCAUAAUGGUUUACAAUAUCCUGUAAUUGAAUGAAAUGGAUGUUUAAAAAAAAAGGAAAAAAAAAAAAAAAGUGAGAAAAUAAUAAGCAAUUAUAAUUUAAGGAACAACAUUAAAUAGUGACAAAAUAUCUGGUGAAAUUUGAAAUACAAAUGGCAUAUUAAACAGGUAUUUUAUUGACUUAUGGUUUCUUUCUUUUCUUUUUUUUUUUUUAUAAAUUCAUUUUGUAAAAUUUGUAUGAUUUUGUAUUGCUUAUUAUAUUUUUUUCUGAAGCAGCUGAAAAGGUUAUGUUAAGUAAUAAUAAAUGCAUGCAGAGUUUGCCCCUAGAAAAUAUUUACAUGGAGAUGAUAAAAAUGCUUUUAAAGUUGUUAAACUUAUGUGGUACUUUUUUUAGGCAGAUGGCAGAUAUGCAAUUAUACCACCUAAAAUAAAAAAAAUAAAAAAAUCAGUUUCAUUUCCCUUUAAGGCUGCUUAAUUCUUAUUCAGAUGUGAAUGAGAAUCUUCAAAAAUAUUUUUUUUUCAACAACCAAUAUAAAUUCACUUGCUUUUGGUAGCAUUUAAUGUUUUUAAUUUGAUGUAGGAAAGGUGUAAAUAUUAUUUUGUUUUUAGGCUAUUCCAACUCUGAUAACGAUGGUAAGAUUGCAUGAACAAAACAAGGGUUUUUACCUUCUUUUUUUUUUUAAACUUAUCCUACCUUAAUGACCUGUAAUGUUUUGCUAAUAUUGUAAGUGAAUCAAUGGAAGGUUGUACUAAGUCAAACUGUUAGUGCAGCAUUUAUUGUAUAGCAAUAUGAAAAAUUAGUAUUAAUUAUUGAAAAAAUAACCGUUAAAUUUUGAAACAUUUUUUUAUUGGAUAUCUUUUUAAUCAUAACUCACUCAAAGUUGACUUUAUGUACAUCUUUUAAAGCCCAUAACUUCUGUUGGUUUGCACUUGUAUAGCUUUUCAUUAUUCUUGUCUGAAACAUUUAGAAGCAAUGUUUAAAUAAUAAAAACAUCAAUUAAAAAGAUUACCUUUCUGUAUGUGAAAUUGUAUUUUAUAGAAAGGUUUUAUAAACUCAGUAUAUUAAUAGGAAUUGUGGAUUUUCAGGACUUUUUAUCCAUUGCUAAAAGAGAAUCAUGUUGUAAAAAAGCCCCCCCCCAAAAAAAAAAAACAACAAAAAAACAAGGAUGUAAAAGUAGAGAUGAUGUGAACUUUAUUAAAUCCACAUUUUACCUCAUAACCAAGAGAAUGCUUAUAAAAUUAUUAGGAUUGGUGGCGAUCUCUGCUUGCAUGUGGGGAACAGGGAAUCAUAGCUUGUCUUUAUUUCACAGUGCUCAUUUCAAACUUUUACACAUUUCUUUAGGUGCACAAAAGCCAUUAGGUCCACUUCAGUCAGAGCUACUAGGCAGGUCGUUAUGAUAAAAAUAAUUAAUUGCUGUGUCAUUAAGUUAAUUCUUCAGAUUGCUGGAAGCGCAUUCAGUUGAUUAGGUGUCAUGCUGUUCAGGAAUUUGUCACUAUUUCUUCUUAAUAAAAUGUUUAUUAUAGUAAUGUAUCUCUUUUCCUUUCUGGGAAAUUAAUCUGAAAAUGAUAGUCUAAUCCAAUAUUUUAUUUAUAUAACUCUUAUAUACAUUUUACACUUUUAGUAACAUUGCUUUUAUUAUCAUAAUAACACAAUUAAAUAUAUGGUUUUAUUAGGAAACAAAAUAACUUUCAAACCAUGUGCACUAGGAAUUAAUGGGUUCAUGCAAUCAGUAAUAUAUAAUCUGUUCCGUUUGUCCCCCUCCCACAUCUCUGAUUUCACCCGUUUUGUGAUCCAAGAUUUUUUUAGCAUGUUUUCUUUAAAAGUAUAAACUAUUUUAAUAUUAAGAAAUAUUUUGAAGAAUUUCUCUUAGGUUUGUUAAAAGCAAAUUAACAAUCCUAAUAUGCAAGUUGAGGAAAAUUUUAAAAUAAUCCCUUAAAAGUUAAAAAAUUUAAGAUAAAUAUUGCUUUUAAUAAAUAUUCAGUAUGGGACAUCAGCGUAACAGGACUUUAAAAUGAAUUAAUUAAAAUAUUUAGUAUUAAAAAAAGUUAGUCUGUUAAAUCUCCCUCACUGUCCACUUUUCUUAGUCCUAGGCUUCCCUACUAAUGGUAUUAGAUUAAUGGUAAUUAAAAUGAUAAUAAUCUAGUAAAUCGUCAUAGAGUUUAAUUUAGUUUUUAUGUAUCAAUAUAUUCACCAAACAUUGACAAAAACUUUAAAAAAACAACCUGGAAGCUAUUUUUCUAUUCUUUUGUGUUUACAUUUAUUUUAAAUUUGUUAAUGCUACAAUUUCACCACCCUACUCAACUCAAUAGCUAUUUACAUAAGAGUAAAGUAAAGUUUACCUAACACCUAUAUUUUAAAGAUGAUUAAACAAUGGCCAAUGUAAAGCAUCUUUGUCAUUAAGUUUUUUAAAUGCAGCACUAGAAAGAAAAAUGCAUUAAAAAAAGGACAAAUUGGCUUAUAGCAGAUUUAGUUGGAGCCUCUGGCUAGUUGUCAGCAUAUAAAUCUUUAAUAACUUUGAAAAAUAUUAAAAUGGUAUUUCAAGUAUUGAUCUGCCCAUUGUCACUUGCUAAUUAUUGAUAUAUUUUGUAUCUUUAUUUACACAGUGCUGAGCAAGAGAGAAGAAAUCAUGUCACAGAUAGAAUCUAUGAUAGAUGAUACAAGUGCUUUACAGAGGUAAGCUGCAUAUCCUUAUUAUCACUUAUUGCAUAUGAAAAAAAAACACUACACAUACUUACAGUGAUUGAUUGCUAACACCAGGCUUAUUCAUGCAAUUAUUGAUUAUAUUUUUUUUUUAAACACUACAGAUACUUACAAUCAGUGAUUACUAAUGAAAAAAAUUCUAGAUGUAAAUACAAUGAUUGAUUGUAACUAAUGGUAAAGCAAACAAAUGUUCAUUGUUGUUAACAAUGAACAAAAUCUUUCAUCUGAGAUUAAUUUUUGGUUGCCGAGGUGACUGGCCUUCCAAGAAUUGUGUGUGCUGAUUGUUAUAUGUAAUCCCAUUUUAUUUCCUGUAAGUGCAGCAUGUCAUUUUUUAUUGACAUAUUUUUGAAGCUGUAGAAAAUAUUUUUGACACUAAUGUCACUGAGAUACAAAAGUAAUUUAAUAACAAAGAGUAGACAAAAUAUGUGGGGGCCUGUUUGAACUUUGAAUCAGAAUCUAAUUUAAAAUGAUCUACAUUAAAUUCUGUCAUUUUUGCUGCGGAGUGCACAAUAAUAGAAUUGACCAUAAAUUUAAUUUAUUCAACUCCAGACAGGUGUCGAAAAUCAGUGAGCGUAUCCGAUCAGACACAGAAGUAUCCAAAGGCAGCAACACAUCUCUCCCCACAACCAUGACAUCUCCAUCAAGUAAGAGGCAUGAUAAGUCAGACAUUAUUGAAAAUGAUGAAGAGAAGAAACUCCUGCCAGAAGAACCCACAGAGAAAAAGGGAGAUAAGUUGGUGCAGGCUGAAACGGCUGAGACAGGAAGGGUGAGGAAAAACUUAAUCUUGACUGUCUCAUAUGAACAUAUUGUUGCUAUUUUAAAACAUUUCUCUUUUAAUUAAGAAGAAAAUGUUGUUGUUUUUUUACAUAAAAUUUACGUUAAAAAUAAAUUGCAUUUGAAUUGUGUAUACCUUUAGAUUUGUGAGACUAUUUAUGUUCAGCUCAAAAUUAUUGUAUUCAUUGGAUUAUUAGUAUAAAUAGCUUUAUUUAAAUUAUAAGGAAAAAAUUAUUGUAUUCAUUGGAUUAUAAGUAUAAAUAACUUUAUUUAAACUCCAAGGAAAAUUUUUUAAACAUUUCAACGUCAAAAUUUGAGCAAAUUUAAGAUGGUCCAAAGAGACUAUUUUUAACGUGAUGCCAGCUUAUCUAUACAUCAACAUAAUUAUUUCUCAUUGCUUUCAGGUAAAAAUGACAGUGUUCAUGGCCUACGUCAGGGCUGUAGGAGCCUUCCUCAGUGUCCUCAUCUUGUUCUUCUACAUACUCUACAACUCUGCCAGCAUCUACUCAAAUAUUUGGCUCAGUCAGUGGAGCAAUGAUGCAAGAAAUCCAAAUAUUUCAGCAGAUGAAGAUCAGAGAAACAUGAGGCUAGGGGUGUAUGGCGCACUUGGUGUUUUACAAGGUUGGUGUUGCUUAAGAUUGACGCGACCGCAUUGUGCUGUUCCUGGGGUUGACCUACGGUAAUAACAUCUGUAGAUGUAAAACAGAUUUAUGAUAGAGAAGUAAAUGAUUAUUACUCAGUCAGCAGGAGUAAGUUUUAUUUUAAGUUGUCUGAAAAAAAUUAAAAUGUUCAAGAACCAUUAUCUAACAUUCAGCUUGUUUUUGUACACAAUCUCAAUAAUCUCAGACAUUUUUUCAUAAUUUUUUUCAGAAUCUAUUUAUUUAUUCCAUUAUAUUAUGAUUUAAUACCCCAAGUGUCUGUUACAAAUAUAUUUACCGACUGACUUUCGUUAACUAGAUUUUUUAUUUUACCAAUAUGCAUGUUAAAAAUGUUUUGCAGCCUUUUAAAAAGAAAAUCUAAAUCAGAAGAGGUCUUUUUCUUAAUAUGGCAGCAUUUAGUUUCAUGUUCAUUAUUUUUCUUAAUUGCAUGACAGUUCUUCUCAAAGUUAUCAGAGAUCUCUUGGCACCCCUGUUCAAUCUUUGUGUGAAUUCUGGUGAAUUUUUAAAAGAAUAAUUUCUUAUUAUAUCCCAGGAUUAUAAUAACACAAGGUUGAGCGGGGGGGGGGGGGGGGUGUGAUUUUGCACUGAUUUUGAGAAGAAAUGUUAUAUUUUGAGCCCUUCUGUCAUGCAUGUAAUGACGAUCCUGUUAGUUUUAUAGACAUCAUCUGAAUUACGCUAAUUUACUUUUGGCCCUAAUGGACUUGUCUGUUCAUGAGUUAACAACUCAGUCUCAACAUAACUUCUACUUACCCAAAGUGAAACUGACUAGAAUUCACUAGCAGCCGGUCUUUCUUUCAAGGAUCUCAAACUUAAAUCACCAUUAGAGCCCCAUUAUUGAUAUCUUACACACAUCACUGCCAAGAAACAGAUUUGAGAAUCUUUUAGUUAAUAUUAAAUAUUAUGGUUUACUUGGCUUCCUAGUUUUUACAGAGAAAAAUGUCAAUAAAUAAAAGUAUGUGAAACAGAGAUUCACAUCUCACACCCAACAGUUAGCCAUUACAAGGCUUUUUGCUUUGAGAUCCCCUGCUGUACUUUAAUCCACUCUUAAUCUAACCAUCACUCUUUCAUGUAAUAGUUCAUUUAUAACUACAUAAAACAGGCAUUGGAAUGAUUUGUGCCAUUACUGGAAUCAGAUUUGCGUGUAUCCUCGCUGGGGACACAUUUCACAGGAAGAUGCUGUCCACAAUUCUUGCUUCACCCCUAGAGUUUUUCGAGAGCACUCCACAGGGAAGAAUUUUAAAUCGCCUGGGCUCAGAUCUGAAUGUGCUUGAGAUUUCCCUCCCCCAGUUCUUGCACUCUUGGCUACAUUCAGUCUUGGUGGUUAUCGGAAUUCCUAUAGUGAUUGGCUUAGGAACUCCGUGGUUCCUUGUCACUCUGACACCAAUGACUGUCAUUUAUUUCUUAGUGCAGGUGAAAUUUUUUGUUUGAACUAUACAUGCUUGGCUAGAUUCCUUACUGUUACAUCCAUCAACCUAAAAUAUACAGUUCCUUUUCAUAGACUUACAGUAAUGUAAAUUUAUAAAUUAAGCUUUUUACUUCUAUAGUGCAGAUUUUGCAGUUUCACUUUCAGGAGCUAAAUGUAUCAGCUGUAAAAUCUCAAGUAUAAUUUGAAUAUUUUGUACCUAUUCUGUUAACCUAGGAACAGGUAUUAGGGUAUUAUAAAUAGGGAUGAGCCAAGUGCUGACCUGGUACCUGAACAAAAACUGCACCUGGCUCAGCCCUAAUUAUGUAUACAAUCAAAAAAUUUUGUAUUAGUUAAUUAGUAUAAGUUGAUUAUUAUUAUUAGUUAACUAAAAUUGAUCCCACAGCUAUUGGGUGAAUAUUAUAUUGUUUAAAAUAAUAUGGUAGGCCUAGAAAGCUACUGUAUAACAGAGAAUAAAUAAUAAGAAACAAUAAUUUGGGCCUACCACAUGAUGUAGUUAAAUCUAAUAGGAGUUGAAAAAUAGGCAGUGCUUUACAUCAGAUUUUAAAUGAUUGAUUAAAAAUUAGAACUUAAUAUUUUUCAGAAUCUAUAUUUUUCCCCAAAAAUGGGAUAUUUACAAUACACAAGUGUAUCAUACUUGAGAUAUUACGCUAUUUUAAAAGUACUCAACCGGCAAACGUGUCGAGAAUCAUUAAAUGUUUCAAAUAUAGUGUACCAUUAUUCAAGUCUUUUUGCAUAUCAUUAAAAUCAGCUUGCAGUCCUCUUAUAAAUCAUAAAAAGUUUAAGACACAUUGAUAAAAAAAAAAAAAUCAGUUGAUAUAGUCUUUCCAAGCUUUGUAUUUUAAAAAAAAAAAACAGUUUUAAGGGACAUGUGUUGCUUGAAUUCAAUCCCAGAAAUUUUUUAUUUCUCUAAAUCAUUUCAUGAUCCAUCACUCUCUUUUCACUGCUAAGGGGCAUGUUUCUUGAUUUCAAUCCCUGGAAAAUUAUUUCUCUAAAUCAUUUCAUAAUCCAAUAUUCUCGUUUUACGUUUUUUUUUUAAAUUUAAGGGUUCAUUUAUUAAUGCAUUUCUUUACAUAAUUAUUAUAAGAACUGAUUUAUUUUAGAAGUUUUUUAAUGAAAUCAAUGAAAAAAAUCUUAUCCGAACAGUGUUUCACUAAAUAUUUAAAUAGUUGUUCAACACAUCUCUCGCAAAUGCUUCUCCUUUGUGACCACAGGUGCCCUUGUCAUGAUCUGUGCUUUUGUCACAGCCAUCGGUGGGCUCGCAGCAUCUCGCUCAAUCUUUGCUCAUUUUCUGGCCAGCCUGCUGAGAAGUCCACUCAGUUUUUUUGAGGGGCGUGCACCUGGUGUCAUCUUGAACCUGUGUUCGGACGACAUGGCCGAGCUGGACUAUGUGGUCCAUUUCAGUGUGCGCUCGUAUCUCAUGGGCUUCAUGUCAGCUGCAGGCACAGCUUUUGUCAUCGCUUACAGCACACCAUGGGCGCUGGUAACCCUGCCCUUCAUUGGCCUAAUUUACUGGGCCGUGCAGGUAGAUACAAAUUAAAUUGACAAGAGUCGGCAGGUGACCAUGUCCCUGCUCUAGGCAUGUCACUGGUAAAUUUAUGAUUACUCUGGUAGAUGUUAUCUCCCUUAUACCCAAUGAAAUUAAAGGAUGAAUGCAAGUGUUGGGUGUGAACCAACUGUUGACUAGAAUAAGGCAAAUCUAAUAAUAUAAGCUUUUCUCUGGCGACAUUGGUUCAUGCUUACAAUGGUUCUCAUCUUUCAUUUCUUGUUUGUUACCUCACAGCCUGCUAAGUGUUGUAAUUUCCAAUUGCCUUAAAAUGACAUCUUGUUCCAUGCAAAGUUGUGGUUUCUGAUUGCCUUUAAAAUGACACAUUAUUCCAUGCAAAUUUAGAAAAAAUUCAUUUCAGCAUAACGUAAAACUUUUCUGGUUGAUAUGGCGCUUAAAAAAAAAUAAUGAUUUUCAUUAUCAGUUUAAUGACAAAAGUAACAAGCACAAAAUUACGUGGAUAACUAUAAUAAUGUAACUUGAAGGCAACAUAGCUAAUCAGUUACCAAUAGUUCUAUACAAUUUCUAAUUGUACAACAGUAUAACAUAGUUCAAAACAUAUUUAUAGCUUCUUUGGAAAACAUUUUACUACUUUAUUUCAUCCAAUAUUUAUUAACUCCUUUAUCCAACACUUCACCUUUCCUUCACUGCAGGCCUGCACAACAGACGGCCCGCGGGCCGCACGCCCACCAGCACCCACUUUGCGGCCCGCGAAGUAAUGAAAUAUUCGUAAUUAUUAGUAUUUUCUUAAUAGUUUCCCCCGUCCUUUUUUCCUUUGGCCCGCACAAGUUUUGCAUAAAGCAUUACGGUUGCCUUACAUUUUGAGGUGUGCAGGCCUGCUUCACUGAGUUAACCCCCCUCUCUUUCCCCCACAAUGCACCACGCAUCAUUACAAUUGACAAUUUUUAAACUAUAUUUUAUACACAUUCUUGUAUAAUUUAAAUGGAUAUCUAAGUACCAGUGUGGUGGUCAUUUGCUCUUUCAAAUCUAAACUGUGUUUUAAGGGGUAAUUUAUCAUUAUUCAUGCAAGCUUUUUAGGUCUAACUAUAAAUGGUGUCAGCAGAGGUUGGUAUUUAUAGAAAUUUUUUUUUAAAAACAAAUUGAAGCUUUCACUCUACUGGUGAAAAGUUUUUUCAACUGCUACAGAAAUCUUAUUAUAAACAAUUUAUCAGAGGCAUUAAUGUUACCAGUGGGGGGACACAUGCAAGAAAGUAUCAAAAUUCAGUGGUUUAUUUUUGUGAUGGUAUUUAUGUUGAAUUUUACAAUAUAAAUUUUAUGCUGAUUUCAUGACUUUCUUACCGUAUUUUCUCAUCUUUAUAUUCCCUGCUUCGGGCGACUAUUAACAUCAUUUCAUAUUUUUUUAAUUAUUAUUAUACAGUCGCAUAAUGAAUGUUUCAUUUUCAAGUGUUAUGUUCUGUUGACAACAUUUGAUGAAAAUCCAGUGCUCAUGAUUGGAGUCUGUGCAAUGACCAUUUACCCACUAACCCUAUAGGUAUCUUUGUCUUCAUUACGGCAUUGAUGCGCUUGCUUGGUGGGGUGCAGGCCACCAAGAUCCUACACAGUGGACUUUUAGCUAAUGUUGUACGUAGCCCGAUGAGCUUCUUUGACACUACACCCUCCGGACGUAUCGUCAACCGUUUCAGCAAGGAUGUGGACACACUUGACACCGUCAUCCCCAUGAUAGUGGGCAUGUUCUUGAUGUGUGUCUUCCAGACAUUUUCCACACUUCUGGUCAUCACCAUCUCCACCCCGAUGUUCCUCACCUGUAUUGUGCCUUUACUUAUUUUCUACUACUUUGUACAGGUACAAAACCCUGACCUUUCUGGAUUCAUGUGCUUAUUUUGUUAUGUGUCUGUUUACAUGGGCCCCAGUUUUUGUUAUUGUUAAUUUAAUCAUAACUUUUUUUUUAGCAUAGGCACUACAAGAGCCCAGUAGAAUUUUGUUUGCUCUUUUUUUUUCCUUAUAGUUUUGCAGGCUAUGGAUGGGGCUAUCAAUAAAGUAUGUCACACUACUUUUUAGCAAAAACGCACUUACUAUUCAAUGUAUGAAUUUGAACUUUUCUGUCAGAAUAAGUCUGCCAUGACAGAAGGUAAAACAUGACAGAAGGUAAAACAUCACUGUCAAUUUCAGGGUUUAUUUUUAUGCUAAAAAAAAAAAAGGAUAAAAUGCUUGAUAUCUCACAAGAUCUUUAACNCCCCCCCCCGGAGCGUGAUGUACUUUAUGGACAGCCCCCAAGUGUGAAUAAACCCAUACAUUAGUUCUCAAUCCAGUGAUUUUAUGCCAUUUCACACAAUAAACAAAAUUUUCAGCUGUGGAAAGUGGAGCCCAAUUGUAAAAAAAAUAUGUUGUCAAGGAUUCCAAUUGUUCUGAGAAGACAUGUGUUGUUUUAUUCACAUGGCCAUUUUUUUUUUGUUAGCACGAUUAAUUUGAUUUAUUACACACAUUUUUAAAAAAAAUUUCAAGUUGGGAAAAAGUUUUCGUGUUUACAGUUUAUUUGAACCUAAAAAUCCUAGAAUCAAUUUUUAUUUACAUUGAACCAGUGUUGUCUUUUAUUCCAACAUACACAUACAUAGUGAAUGUUUUUCUUCAAUAGAUGUUGUUUACAGUUUGUGAUCAUGUGACAAGCUAUGAAUGUUUUGUUCAAGUUUUUGUUUUUCUAUUAAAAUUUUGACAUGUGACUCCCGGUUGGCCUGUCAGUUUCUAUAUUUUUAUUAAUAGCAUGUAAAAAAAAAAAAAAAACCUGCUACAAUUAUAAUGAAUAUCUAAAAAGAGAUUUGAGAAUAUUAGUGAAGAAUACUGCUGUUUUCAUUGAGCUAGGCAGAGUCAAAGCUACAUUAUCUUUCCAAUGGAGUGGGAUAAAAGUAAAUAAUUAUGUAAUGUUCAUCCUUAUAAGAAGUACACUCUUGACACAGGAUUUUCUGUAAGCUCUUGUAAGCAGUUGUCAGGGUUUGAGGCUGUAUUUUUAAGUCUUAAAUAAAUAGACAGAACUCAGUGAGUCUCAAAUUGUUCGUCGCUCAUAACAUUAAAAUAAAACAAAAUUAUUAUUGAUAUCCUUAUCAUUAAUUUUCUUAAAAAUCAUGUAACAACUCUAUUAGAAUGUGCAUGUUUGAUUAAUCCUGUAUCUGUAAAGACAUUUGUAUCAGCACAGAUGAUAAUUUAUAUCCUUGAAUGAUACCCAGGAACUGUUUCCAUUCCACUCAGAAUCAUUGAUUAUUUUUUUUUUAUGUCUGUCACUUUGAAGUUCAGACGUCUGUUGUUUGGCAUGUAGAAGUUGCCCUCAGUGUUUUAUUUUAGAAAUAUGCAUUGAUAUUUAUUUUAUCUGAGCUUACUAACCUUUGAUAUUAGCUUGCAUUUGGCAUGUAUUUGUUUCUGUUCACUGACAUUUUGCUAAUGUGUUACGAUAACAACAGCUUCAAGGCGCUACCACUGACGGCAACUAAAAAGGAUGGGGUGAAAUGUUUCGUCUCAUCAUCACAUUAUUUCUUUCAUUAACGUCAUUUGCAGUUUUUUUCAUUUUCUGGAGGAGAAAAUUUUCUCCUUUAAGCUUCAGUUUCAGAUUUUCAGAUCUCAAUAUUAGAAAGGGUGCUGUAUAUUUUACUUAGUCUUUCAAAACAAUUUAUUGAAAGGAAUUUUCAAAAAAUUUAUUGAAAGGAAUUUUCAAAACAAUUUAUUGAAAGGAAUUUUCAAAACAGUUUCAUGUCACCUUUCUCUUGAUGAUGUCACCUCUGUGUUUAUUAUCUUCACUUUAUGUGUGUAUAUCCUUACAUUCUUGUUCUUAAAGACAGCAAAACUAAUCGGGCCAACAAAUGGACUUUGCACAGUGAUGUGUUAAUCAUAUUUCUUUUUGGAAAAACAAUGAAGCCGACUAUAAAGUAAACAUGAAGAAGUUUAAAAAAACAACAAAAAAAACCAACAUUGAAAUAUUUGUAGGAAUCUUCAUCCUGACCUCCCAAGCCAUCGCCGCGAUCGGAGCAUCCAGGGCCUCAAGGAGCCUCCACAUGGGACUGCUGUUAGCCAUCAUUCGGCAGCCUGUCAGUUUCUUUGACACGACCCCCCUGGGCCGAGUGGUCAACAGGUUCAGCAAGGAUGUUGACACAGUGGACAUAGUCAUCCCCUCGGUGAUGCUCAUGUUGAUGGGCACAGUGAUGUCAGCGUCGGCCACUCUUGUGGUCAUUUCCAUCUCAACCCCUUUGUUCCUGGCUGUGAUUGUGCCACUGGCAGUCAUCUAUUAUUUUGUUCAGGUAUAAAGGACUCCUUCUAAGAGUACUUGUGUUGGAACGAGUAAAGUAACUAACAUCAACUGUCUUGACAUUUUGAUACAUUAGAGGGGGGGUAAGCAAUUCCAUAGUAGUUACAGAAUUUUAAUAAAAUAACUCAUUGUGUGAAUAAGGUCAUAUUUUCAUGCCCAUGUUUAAAAAAAUAUAAUAAACACUUUGGUCAAUGGCGGCAUUUAAAUCUGACAUGGUUACUUGUUAAUUUUGCCGGGCUGAAUUCAGAUAAUCGGGCUUGCCUCUAUAUCUCUUUUUGGAUAAAAGAAAAAUUUCCCUAGCUGAGGUUUUAAAAUAUUUAUUCAUUUAAAUACUGAAGAAAACUUCACAGACUAAGCCAUCAGCUGGCCACUGUCUAGUGGAAGGCAAAGAGUCUCUUAAUUUGAAUGUACUUAAAGGGUUUUAAAGCAGUCAUUUCACUGUGUUUUAAGAAUGGUGACUGUAAAGUAAUGCAUGUCUGUUAUGUGCACAGACAAGGGCAGGUUUAUCUUGGUGGAAUGAUAACACAGCGCACACACAUAAACCUUUUUUUAUUUUUGUAUCUUGCAGUUAGAGACUAUCAUAACAAAUGUAGUGAAUUUCAUCUACUUUUUUUUCCUCUUAGAAAUGUUUUACUUCUCUUUGCUUAUCCCAAUACUUUAAAUAAAAAAACAAAAAACAUCUCAAAGGAUACCAAAAUAUAUGAUGAUGAUCUCAUCUACUGUGAUAAACUCAUUGACCUAAUGGCAAACAACAGAUGAUAUUCCUAUCAUGAUGAUAUCACUCCCCAUGAUGUGUUGUAUUGUUCACAUCAGCAGAGCCAAGAGCAGCUCGAUUUGAAACUUGACAAAACAUAUUGAUAGUUUACAGCAAGUCGUGAUGGUUUUAGAGCCUCAUUGAUCUCAUACGCUUUCUGUAAAUGCAUCAUUUUAGUUUUGCCAGCACUCUUUGUAAACAGUAAAGGCUUUUACGCUUACACCAAAGGAUGCCUCAAAAAAUUUGUGUUCAUUUUUUGUAAGAACACAAAACCGGCAGUUUCCCUUCCUAUUUUUCGUUCUCUUUCAUGUUGUAACUUUGUAAACAUUGGAUCCUCCACUGUAUUGAAGUAAUCCUAUUUGAAUUUCUCACACCUAGAUGUUGUCUUUUGUUAACUAUAAAUAUUUUAACCAAUUGCUGUAAUGCCUGGGCUUAUCUUGACAAUUUUUUAUGUCUUGGGUACUGGUAGAUAUAUAUUCUCUAAUUUAAAAUACCAUAUUUCACUUUGUUGUAUUUUUUAUUUUAAAAAAAGAAAAAGAAAAAAAGCUCACUGUGUUAUGAAAAAUGACUUAAUGAUUUUUCUCUUUCAGGGAACAAAAAGCAUUAUUCUCAUCAUCAGUCAAUGCUUUUUAUAUUGAAUGAGUUUUAUAUUACACAUUUUACUGUUAUCUCAUGAGUAAAUUUCAAAUCAUGAUAUAAUUUUAAAAGGUCUAUACAUAGAAUAAGUUUUAAGUGAUUUUUUACAGCACAUAUUUUUGAAUCUCAAAUUAAACAAGCCAUUUAGAGAUCUGUUACGUUAGUUUUCUUGGAUUGUGUAACCAAUUCCAUUUUUAAUUCUACAGCAUUCCGUAGUAAUAGAAAUUACUGGAUUGUUUUAUUUCUAAAUCCUUUUUAGGCAGAUGUCAGCAUUUGCUAAAAGAAACACAAUUCUAUUGGUUUGUUUUGCACAACCUCCACCCUCCACCUGUCUAUGACCCUCCCAGAUCAAUUUUACAUUUUGAAAAAUUAACAUUUAAAAAAUAAUCCUCUCUGAUUUUUUGUCAUUGACAUAGCAAUGCCAGAAUUAAAUGUAAUCAGAUUUUCUUUUCUUGAUUCUACUUUGACAGGGAUAAGCACCUGUUCGACCUUUUUUAAACUUUUUAAAUAACUAUUUUCAUUGAGAUGAGUUUAUUUCUUUAUGAAGAGGACUCUUUAUCUGUAAGUCUUUCCCUAAAUAAGGCUAUCGAUUUUUGACAUUACUUCCAGGUAACUUUAAAAUAAUGCUGUCCACAAUAAUAUUCAUUUUUUUCAAUCAGAUGCUAUAUUUUUUUAGUUUGCAAUGUAUACAAGAAUAAGCUAUGGUGAUCGUAACGCUAAAGAACCGAAAAUAUUUGUUAGAAUUUAAAAAAAAAUUAUAGUUAUUUUCUAUUAUUUUACAGAAAUCGAAUAAAUUUAAAUGCUCAAAAAAUAUUAUAUAUCCCCUUUUAUUUUAGUAACAUUAUUAUAAAUUACAAAUAAAUUUAAAGUAACAACUAUGGAACUAUUUAAAACAUUUUAUCCUAAUUUAAAAGUUUUGAAAAAAAUUAUUAAUAAAAAAAAUUAUGAUCUCAGAAUUGCAUUGUAAUCACAAUAAUCGGGAAAACCCAAACAUCUAUUUUUAGUGUUUUUUUAAUGGGUUGUUAAUAUUGCAAAAUAAAAAUAAAAUUAAUUUGAUUUUAAUAAAUAGGCAAGGAUUAAUUGUCUAUUUUAGCAAUGGCUCUAAGUUUCUAUGAUUUAAUAACGGUGCGUAACAAAACUGAUUAUGUAUUUUCUCCUUCUUAAAAGUAAAUUUAAUAAAUAUAAUUGAUUGAUUUUUAAAUUGCUAAAAUCAAAUACAACUUUAACUUUGUAUUUUUAACAUUCAAUAAAUUUUUACUUUUUAUUCAUUCUGAAAAUAUACUUUUAUGAAAUUUAUAAAGAAGUAAAAACUUAACCUUUAAAUAUACUUUUAAUAAGAAAAUGCAGUUUAAUUCGAUCAGUGCAGCAAAACUACAUAGCCAAAUAGCAUGCACUAAUGCACUUAUCACUCAUCCAAAUAAGACCAAAGCAAAAGAAAUGCAAAAAAUUUGAAAUUUGUUUUAUUAAUUUUUUUUUUUUUUAGCUCUGUGGGGUGGUGGCGGGGAGUAAUGCGAUAAUUUAAUUUGUCCAAGGCAGCACAAGAUUCGCCUCAGAAUAAAAUUGAUAAAAAAUGAACCUUCUUAGGUACAUAAAUAUCGGGAGUAGGAAAUAGGGUGUGUAGAUUUUUACGUGGAUGACAAUAUCUUUAAAUCCAACCAUAAUACAGUUGUGAAAAAUAGAUGCUAUAUUCUCAUUUUACAAAUUAAGAAAAUCAAUAACGUUAACAAAAGGCUAAGUACGUUUACAUAAUUAUCCACUUAAAUAUCAAAACCCAAUCAUUUACAAGUGAAAAUUAAUUUUUCAAAAUAGAGAUGGGUUAAGCUUUUCUUAGAUAGAUAGAUAGAUAAAUAGAUAGAGAGACAGACAGACUGAUAGAUUAGAUAGAUGAUAGAUAUAAAGAUUAGAUUGAUAGAUAGAUGGAUGGACAGACAGACGGAAUGCUUCCUUGAAUAGUAACGCAAAGGGUAUCUUUUAUUGGAUAAACUAUAUUUAUACAUACUAUAUACAAAAUAAUGUAUGUAUGUCCUGUAUGCGCUCCUAUAACAUUCAUCCGAUAGUGAUAAAACUUUUGUGAGUUGUUGUACACUUGCCCGCAAAUGUUUCUGAAUUAUUGCACACAUUUUACAAUAUUCCGUUUUGGGCCUGGGGCCCUAAAUUAUUUUUUCCACCCUUUAUGAGCUAAACAUAAUUUUUAUGCGUUCCUAUACCAUUCAUCCGAUUGCAAUAAAACUUUGGUAAGUUGUUGUGCGCAUGCCCGCAAAGGUUUCUGAAUUAGGUUAUCCAUUUUGAAAUAUUCCUUUUGGGGCUGGGGGCCCUAAAUUAUUUUUUACUUACAUGAACUAUACAAAUAUAAUUUCAAAUAGAGCUAUUUCAUGCGUGGAUGGAUUUGAAUCGAAUACAAGUGACAUACUAAUUUUUUUUUAUGCAAGGUAUAUAAAUAUAAUUUGAAACAAAGCAACUGCAUGGGUGGAUCAAUCGCUAAAAGUGUGUGGACUAAAUUUAAAAAAUCCAUGCUUCUCACAUGGACAGCUGUAAUUUGCCUGCUCAUGUGUCGAAAAACCUUUUAAUUUAUUUGUGUACGCACCAGACGGGAAAAAAAAAAUGUUUUAUUUAAAAAUAACUUAAAAAAACGUCUUUAAAACACAAACACUUUUUUUCUUUGCAUUCCAUUGCAACGCAUGCCGGGUUCUCGCUAGUUAAUAAGGUAAUUCUUCCUGUAGCAAUUGAAAUGGGCACAUGAUACUUAGUGUCUACUGAACCAAGUACAUUAUUUUAUCAUUUACCUGAGAGAUGAUCAUCAAUAUUUUUACAAAAUAUGUAAAUAAGGAAAUUCAGAUGUCAUAUUGAAAUGGCUUAGCAUGUCAAGUUACAAUCAUAUUAAGGAGAAAAAAAGGAACUCAAUGGUUGAAUUAAGUUAACACUAUGAUACAAAAAUUUUUUUAACCAUUGCAUUUUUUAUCAAUGUAUUUGAUUGGUGCUUGCGGUGCUUAUUUUGUUUCUUUUUAACCUUAUAGAGCUUUGCUUGUGCCUUCUGUGUUGCUUUUAAUACCCUGCUGGUUUUAGUUUAUGAUUUAAUGAGAAUUUAAUUAAUCACAGCAUUAAAGGAAUCUUCUAAAAUAAACAUAUUUUUUAUCAGUGUUCAAGUGUAUUUGCUUUCAACAUUUAAUUUAAUUUUGUAACUAAUAAAUCUAACCUAGUAACAGUGGCUCAUUCCCUAUGCAGUGAAUUAAUUAAAUUUUAUAAUCAGUUUAAUCCUCAUUUGAAAUUGGUAUUGUAAAUCAUUAUCUUAGAAAACCCAUAUUAUGUCGCAUAAGACAAUGAAAUAAUAAAUUAAGCAUUCCAAAUAAAAGGCUUACAUCUAGUAGCGCAAAAAAAAAAAAUCUAAAGAUGUUAAUUUUAUUUAAUCACAACGUUAAUAACGAUGCCUGAAUAUUAAAAAUAACACUUGGUAGUUAAAAAAUUAUGCUAACUGAUGUAACACAUUAACUUUCUCCAGAGAUUUUACGUAGCAACAUCCCGACAACUGAAACGUCUCGAGUCCAUAAGUAGGUCACCAAUCUACUCCCAUUUCGGCGAGACCAUCACAGGAGCCAUGACCAUCAGGGCGUUUGGCCAGGAGGCUCUUUUCAUUAAAGACUCUCAAACCAAAGUGGACAACAAUCAGAUCUGCUACUACCCUAGUAUUGUGGCCAACAGGUUGGUAGUGAGAUGGUAUUGUUGACAAUGAGCUGUUGAAAACAUUAUUUUAAUGAGCUUUAAACUGAUUUUUUUAAAGAUUGGUGACAUUAAUCUUUCAUUAGCAUCAGUGGAGCUACAGCCCAUGUAGGGCCCUGGCCUGCUCCACCACAUCCUUCCAUACGGAUCGAUCCAUGGCCUUCCGCCUCCAUUCACGAACCCCCAACUGGUGAAAAUCCCUCUCCCCAUCGUUGAUCCAUCUCAGACUAGGGCGACCAGUGAGUCGUCUGCUCCUAGAUUUUGUCUGUAUAUCUUCUUUGCUGCUCUACAUUCCGGCAUCCUUUCAACAUGUCCUGCCCAGCUCAGUCUGCCUUUUUUUAUUGUUGCGACUAUGGGUGGGUCUUUGUACAAUUGGUAUAGCUCUUGGUUUGUACAGAUUCUCCAGACAUCAUUUUCUAUCAUUGGGCGGUAUAUUUGGUCCAAACAAUUUUGCUAAUCUUUGGUCCUGACAAUUUUGAAAAGCUGAUGCGAUAUUGGAGCUAUUAGCGUUGAGAUUGCAAAGUUGAAAUAUGCUAAGCCCUUGGCCAACUGUUAUGUUUUUUUAGUUGAUGAGUUGAAAGCUUGAAUCUAAAGCUCUGGCGUGAUUAGAAAUAAUUGUUGUAAACAAUGUUUAUUGUUUUAUAACCGGCGUGGCACAACUUUGGGAAGUCAGAUGUAUUACAUUAUUGAAUUUUUCCAUAAUUUUUAAAUACUCUUAUGUUGUUGAGUUUUGUAGAAGUGCGUUUAUUUCUUGGCUUGUGCCUGCAGUGGGGAUUAUUGUAAGGUCAACAAAAAAAAAAAAAGCUGCCAUACAAAAUUGAACACUUUGCGGUGGAAAUACUUAUUUUCUUUCUUAAAAGCUUAAGUAGGUUGUUGUUUUUCUUUUUUUUUGUUAGCUAUGACCCAUUCUAAAUUAUGUUGAUGGUCAUGAAACAUUGUAUUGACUCAAUUUCACCUUACACUUAAAGAUGGCUGGCUAUUCGCCUUGAGAUAGUGGGAAACUUCAUCAUCUUUUUUGCAUCACUCUUUGCCGUGAUUGGUCGGGAUGAUCUGAGCCCUGGCAUUGUGGGUCUGUCCAUCACCUACGCCAUGAAUGUGAGUAAUGUUAAUAUUCUCAUUCUAUAUACUAGUCAUGAUCAACUGAAAAUGUUAAAUGUGAUAUAUAUUAUAAAAAAAAAAGAAGAAAAUUGUUAUAGCUUCAUUUUUAUUGAACACCUCAGAUUUGGCUGAUAAAAGAUGAGACCCCCAGGGAUAUGUAAUCAUGUGAUUGUCUUUGUCUUCAGGUGACACAAACUCUCAACUGGCUGGUGCGUAUGACUUGUGAGCUGGAGACAAACAUUGUGGCUGUGGAGAGAAUCAAAGAGUACACAGAGACCCCAACUGAGGUAUUUGUCUCAAUUCUCUUUAAAAAAGCUUUGUUGGCUAUUCAUAUGUUCAAGUCCACAAUUUAUACCUUCAACUUAGGAAUUCAUCUCUUAAAGUUAGCAAUUAUUAUCUUCAAGAUAACGAUUCAUGUCUUCAUGCUAGAGAUUCAUAUCUUCAAAUUGGCGAUUCAUAUAUUCAAGUUGACACUUCAUAUAUUCAAGUGAGCGAUUCUUAUAUUCAAGUGACCGAUUCUUAUCUUCAAUUUGACAAUUCGUACCUUCAAAAUAACAAUUCUUACCUUCAAGUCAGUGAUUCUUAUAAGUCUUUUCAUGAGUUCCAUGUGCCAGAUCUUCAUUUUUCUUUCUUCAUUAAACAAAAUUAAUUUAAAUCUUAUUUUAACUUUAUGUACUUCAACUCUUCAUUUUUUAAUCUUAUGUCUACCCAGCCUUAUGAUAACAUUACUUGGCUACAAAGAACCUGUAGAAAUUUGUGCUAAGAUAAUUAACCCUUCAGCCUGCACAAUGCUAUUUUUUUAUCCCUGAGAGUGCUAUGAAAAAUGUGUAGCAAUCAUUUAAAAAACAAAACAUUUCCACUUUCUAAUGUUAAACAGAAGUGAUUUUAAGAUAUGAUACAUUUUUUAUUGAUCCAAAUAGAUGCUUUUUUAAUUUAUUUUCAGCAUAUAAAUAAAUAAAAAUAUUAACCAAGAGAACAUUUCACAAUUAUAAUAACUUAAACACAAGACAGCUUAACUUAUUCUCUAGUGUAGAAAUCAGCCUUGAACUCCUUUAGCGACAAUAAUGACUUAAUUAGUGAUCAUUGAGAUUUGGUAACCAUUGGGGGGGUGGGGGAACGCUGGUAAUUUCAUUUGUACAGACUGGGGAACAAAGAAUUUUUAUAUAUUUCGGUCCUAACUUUAAGAGAAAGGAAUUGCCCUGAUUGAGUUGAUCUUAGGUACCGGUAUCUGUGAUGAAGUGGGUGUGGGAUACAUCACCAAAAAAUUUGACCCCACUGUAUUUUUACAUGCUGCAGUAGCUAAUUUAGAGAUCAUGUUACAGGCUUUAGAAUUCCACAUUAGCAUUUACAAAAGAGAAAACCAUUGUUAAAUGUAUAAAAAUCUUUUAUUAUAACUCUUAUAACUUGACCAGGCUGCAUGGGUCAUUGAAAACAAUCGUCCAAGCCCAGGGUGGCCGGAUAAAGGCGUUGUUGAGUUCAAGGAUUACAAGUUCCGUUACAGAGAAGGCCUUGAUCUUGUGCUCAAGGGCAUUAACUGUACCAUACAACCUGGGGAAAAGGUAAGCAAACAUUUAUUUAGAUGUUUUCCAAACAAUGCCUUCCAAGCAAUGCUUUCUUUAAAGCUUAAAUAGAAUGAUUAAAUUCACUUUUAACUGUAAAAGAUUUUUGGAGGAAUGUUUAAUCAGUUUUAAGACAUUUAUCUUGAUAAAUCUCAAUUGUUAGUAUCCUUCUACUUUUAUCUACUUCUUAGAGACAAAGUGUAUUCAAUAUUGCUCAAAGAGCGAUUUAUCUCCUAAAUAAAUCAUGUCUUUCCACAGGUGGGCAUUAUCGGCCGCACUGGAGCAGGAAAAUCAUCCCUGACCCUGGCCUUGUUCCGAAUCAUCGAGGCUGCAGAGGGAACCAUAACUGUGGAUGGCAUUAACAUCGCUACAAUCGGUCUUCAUGACCUGCGGUCCAAGCUUACCAUCAUCCCUCAGGUACUUAGACUCAAGUCUUUAGCUUCAGUCACGUUGUCCUAUCAACUGAGUCUUUAGCUUCAGUCGUGUUGUCCUAUCAACUAAGUCUUUAGCUUCAGUCGUGUUGUCCUAUCAACUAAGUCUUUAGCUUCAGUCGCGUUGUCCUAUCAACUGAGUCUUUAGCUUCAGUCGCGUUGUCCUAUCAACUGAGUCUUUAGCUUCAGUCGCGUUGUCCUAUCAACUUUACGAUUUUGGAAAACGUCUUUUUUAAAAGUUUAAGAGACAUUUUUUUGCUAUUAAAUUUGUUUGGCAUGAAAUACCAAAUUAAAACACAGGAAAUAAAACCAAAGUCUGAAAUAUGUGCGCACUGUAUUCAUUUUAGUUACCAAAUAAAAUAAAUAAAAAAAAUAAUAAUAAAAAAUGCAAAUUUAAGUAAAUGAAAUGGGUUUUGUUGAAUGUUUCAUGGAUUUCCUGGAAAUUCUGUACUUGCUACAACCUUUUCUGUGGUAAAAGAUGAAUUUCAAGAUGAUUAAUUCCUUGGCUGAUUUUUGAGUGGCUGUGUUUAUUUAUCAGGACCCAGUUCUUUUCUCUGGUACAUUGAGGAUGAACCUGGAUCCGUUUGAGGCACACACAGAUGAGCAGGUGUGGUCUGCACUGGAGCAUGCUCACCUCAAAACUUUUGUCUCUGGCCUGGAGAAAGGUCUCCUAUUUGAAUGUUCAGAGGGAGGAGAAAAUCUCAGGUACUAGUCAACAAAGUUCUGUAUGGAUAGCAAAUAGUCAACUCAAUGGAUGAUUUUUGUAUUUCAAAACGCUAUAGUAGACUUAGUUUAGAUAGUAUUUAUUUAGGUUUAAUUUUAAUGAUAUAACUGCUUCAUUCAGAUAUUUUAAAAGUUGUUUUGUUGGCCUUCGGUAGAUUAUUUAGCUGAUUUUUAGAAAUCUCAUUUCAGUGUAGGACAACGGCAGUUGGUGUGUCUGGCGAGGGCGCUUCUCAGAAAAACUCAGGUUCUGAUACUGGACGAGGCUACAGCAGCUGUGGAUUUGGAGACAGAUGAUCUAAUCCAAGCCACCAUCCGUAGUGAAUUUGCAAACUGUACAGUUCUGACCAUAGCACACAGACUCAACACGAUCAUGGACUACACAAGGUAGGCAUCUCCUGGAUGAUAAUGAAGGAAAUAUGAAAAGUGUUUUGGUCAGUAGUUCACCCAUUUACAUAACUGCUUCUUAAUAAAUGAUAAAUCACGUACAGUUACAUAGAUGCAAUCGAAAACGGAUACAAUGGAUUUAAAGUCGAAAAUCUUUGUUUUUAUGGGUUGAUUUUGUUUCACUUGCUCUAAUUCAAUUAUGACUGCGUGAUCUCGGAUAAGUUUAGCUUUCUGUCUCAGCUGUUACACCAGCAAAGUUACAUUCUUGUGCUUGUUCUGUUUCUAGGAUUCUGGUUCUGGAUGCAGGAAGAAUUAAAGAGUUUGAUGAUCCAAAAGUCCUGCUGCAGAAUCCAAGCAGUAUGUUCUAUAGCAUGGCUAAAGAUGCAGGUCUGGCCUAG